AUGGCUCCUAUGGAUUUGAGAGAAUAUGGCGACGCUCAACUAGAGACAGGACUACUGAGGACACACGAAGAGGAGAAGAUUCCAUUCACCCCAACUGGGCUUGAACAGUCUCAGACCGGUCCAACAUAUCAUCAACCGGAACCCAAGGAGUCACGAAAGAUGUCCUCACAUAGACGGAUGGUUAUCAUCGUGAUGCUGAGCUUGCUCCUUGGAUUUGGAGUAGCUCUGGCUAAAAACCCCUCCUUUCCUUCAUCUUGUAUGGGAUGGACCCGUGCCAACGAGAAUAUUCACACGAAAGCCGCUCGUUCCUUUCUGGAAAAGCGUGCUGAUGCCUCUGCCACCAAUGCGACUACACCUGGAGCACCGACGGAGAAGAGCGAAUCUGGCACUGGACAAGGACAGCUGACGACACCCACCACAUCUGCAACUCCGACUUCAUCUAGCCACGAAUCCACGACAUCAACCGCUUCGUCGACCAUUAGUCACUCCUCCAUCCCCUCUCCUACGAGCACUCCCGAAUCAUCAACUCCUUCUCCGUCCAUAAUACCACCGGCCAGCCCGACAAGCUCUACUUUUCCGAGCCCAACUCCUGCAAGCACUUCAACUACCUCCCAAGCGCCUGAAUCCACUCCCUCUGAAGCAUCAUCUUCUGGCGAAGCUGCCCCUACUUCGAGCAAGAUCGAGAAGACUAUCACGACCGGCCGUGUCGCCACAACCAGCCCCGUACGACAUACCUACACCACUACGUUACCCGACGGUGGUACUCGCACCAUAACAUCCACUUCUUGGGUGGCUAUUGUGCCCACGGAUAAGUCUACUGCCGACGGCGGGCCCCAGUUGCAGAAUCAUGCGCCAAAAGCUCAAGGCCAUUUCACGCUCAUUAUUGCUGCUGGGGCGUUCGCAGUUGGCAUGUUACUGAUUUAA